AUGGAUUCUCAAUCCAUACCUUCGUCUUCUCGAAAUCCCUCUCAGUUAUCAUGGAUGAACUUGUCUAGGAAUUUAUUGUUAGCAUAUCAAAGCUUUGGUGUAGUAUAUGGAGAUCUAAGCACAUCACCUCUCUAUGUUUAUACAAGCACAUUUAAAGGAAAGUUGAAGGAUCACCAUGAUGAAGAAACUGUCUUCGGUGUUUUUUCAUUGAUUUUCUGGACUAUUACAUUAAUACCUUUGCUUAAAUAUGUAUUCAUCAUAUUGAGUGCCAAUGAUAACGGUGAAGGUGGGACGUUUGCUCUCUAUUCACUUCUCUGUAGGCACGCCAAAUUUAAUUUGCUUCCCAAUCAACAAGCAGCCGAUGAGGAGCUGUCGUCCUACAAAUACGGUCCCUCAUCGCAGACCGGAGCCUUGUCUCCACUCAAGAUGUUUUUGGAGAAGCACAAACGGUUAAGAACAGUCCUGCUUGUUGUCGUACUGUUUGGUGCUUGUAUGGUCAUAGGCGAUGGUGUGCUUUCACCAGCUAUUUCAGUUCUGGCAUCGGUAUCAGGGUUAAAAGUUACGAUAACGAAAUUCAAUAAUGGUGAACUUGUUCUUCUAGCAUGUGUCAUAUUAGUUGGCAUGUUUGCUCUUCAACAUUGUGGAACACACAGAAUUGCAUUUAUGUUUGCACCCAUCGUAAUCAUCUGGCUUCUAUCGAUUUUUAUUAUUGGGAUCUAUAAUACGAUACUCUGGAAUCCAAAAAUAGUCUUUGCUAUCUCGCCGCAUUAUAUCAUCCAGUUCUUCAUCAAGACUGGUACCGAGGGUUGGAUUUCUCUCGGAGGGAUACUUCUCUGUAUCACUGGAGCCGAAGCUAUGUUUGCAGAUCUCGGCCAUUUUACUGCUACGUCAAUAAGGCUUGCAUUUGCGGUUGUGAUAUACCCCUGUUUGGUAAUGCAAUACAUGGGCCAAGCAGCUUUUUUGUCUAAAAACCUCAACUCUAUACAAAAUAGUUUUUACGACUCAAUACCUGAACCUGUAUUUUGGCCGGUCUUUGUUAUUGCUACAUUGGCAGCAAUUGUUGGAAGUCAAGCUUCCAUCACUGCGACUUUCUCCAUCAUCAAGCAGUGUCAUGCACUCGAUUGUUUUCCCCGCGUCAAAGUUGUUCACACCUCGAAACACAUGUUUGGACAGAUCUACAUCCCAGAAAUAAACUGGAUACUUAUGGUUCUGACUCUCGCUGUAACCAUUGGAUUUCAGGACACAACCUUAAUCGGAAAUGCUUAUGGACUUGCUUGUAUGACCGUAAUGUUCGUCACUACAUUUCUGAUGGCACUAGUCAUAGUCUUCGUGUGGCAGAAAAGCAUUGUGAUUGCUACACUAUUCCUUUUGUUCUUUUGGGUGGUAGAAGCGGUAUAUCUAUCGGCGGCGUUCCUAAAAGUGCACCAAGGAGGAUGGGUUCCUCUUGUCCUGUCGUUCUUCUUUUUGGUCGUUAUGUAUGUUUGGGACCUAGCCUUGGAAUUGUCCGUGUCCCCGGAUUGGUCUCAUCUACUCGGAACUCGCAACAGGAAUACCAGCGAUAUUCACCCAUUUCGUGCAUUGUUAGAUACGGCUACAAAGACCAUUAAAAGGGACGACGGUACCAGAAGCUUAGAAUCAACUCCAACCUUGAUUGCAUCUGAGCAAGAAGAUGUUGAUAUCGACGAAAGCAUCCCUAGUAGCAGAUCUAUAACACUACGACGCUUGCAAUCCACCAUCGACGACGAGAACCCGCAAGUCAGAAAGCGUCGAGUAAAAUUUCAAGUGCCUAACAAUCCCGGGCUGGACAACACUGUUAAAGAAGAGAUUCUAGAUUUAAUCCAAGCCAAGGAAGCGGGAAUCGCGUAUAUAAUGGGACACUCGUAUGUGAAGGCAAGGAAAUCAUCGUCGUUCUUGAAAAAGAUUGUGAUCGACAUGGAUACUCGUUUCUGCGGAAGAAUUGCAGGGGUCCGGCCGUGGCUCUUUA